UCGCCACAACAUUCACCACCAAAUUUUCUCCCCAACUGUCCUUGCUCCUAAACAGCAAGCUCUAAACCCUAAAACUCCCGUAAGCAAUCUCGGAUUCAUGGAUUCGAAUAAUCAGUGAAGGGUUUCGUGGUUGCUUUUCAAAGUCGGUGGAAUUUUGUAGGGUAUUGAAUCGGCCUUUUCGGACCUGCAGAAAUGGCAACCGCGAACCCUUUCGAUCUCUUGGGCGAUGACGACAACGAGGACCCAAGUCAACUUCUCGCUGCUCAGCAGCAGAAGCUGCCGGUGGCGCAGCCCAAGAAGCCCCAGCAGGCCCAGCCUGCUCAGCCUGCUAAGCUUCCCUCCAAGCCACUCCCCCCUGCACAAUCUGUGAGGGAGGGAAAGUAUGAAGGUGGCCGUGGAGGUGGCCGUGGUGGUGGUGGUGGACGUGGGUUCAGUCGUGGCCGUGGUGGAGUUGGUGGUGGAUUUAAUAGAGAUCCAAUCAGCAAUGAGAACACCAAUGGUUUUUCUGGUGGCUACAGGCCAUCUGAAGAGGGAGAUGGGAAAGCUUCUGAAAGACGCGGGGGCUAUGGUGCGCCUCGUGGUUCCUUCCGUGGUGGGCGUCGUGGUGGUUACAACAAUGGUGAGGAUGGUGAGGGAGAACGCCCUCGGAGGGUAUUUGAUCGUCGCAGUGGUACAGGACGUGGGAAUGAUUUCAAACGUGAAGGGUCUGGUCGGGGGAAUUGGGGAACUCCCUCUGAUGACAUUGCACCGGAGACUGAGGAGCCUGGAACUGAAACUGAGAAGAAUGUUAGCGCUGAGAAGCAGUCGGGAGAGAAUGAGGCUGCUGAUGCCAAUAAGGAGGAUGCUGUUAAUGAGACAGAAGAGAAGGAGCCUGAGGAGAAGGAAAUGACUCUGGAAGAGUAUCAGAAGGUGCUUGAAGAGAAGAGGAAGGCUCUGCUUGCAUUGAAGACCGAGGAAAGAAAGGUUGAUGUGGACAAAGACUUGAAGGCCAUGCAGCUGCUUUCAAACAAGAAGGAAAAUGAUGAAAUAUUUAUCAAGCUGGGUUCGGAGAAGGAUAAGCGCAAAGAAGCUGCUGAGAAAGAAGAGAGAGCCAAGAAGUCUGUUAGCAUUAAUGAGUUUCUGAAGCCUGCUGAAGGCGAGAGGUACUAUGGUGGUCGUGGUCGAGGCCGUGGCCGUGGGCCAAGAGGUGGAUACAGUGGAGGACCUGGAGGUUACUCAAGCAAUGCGGCAGCACCCUCCAUUGGCGAUCCCGGCCAGUUCCCUUCCCUCGGCGGGAAAUGAGGCUCCCGCUUCUUCCAGCUCUAUGCUUUGAAUGCAUUGGGGGGUUUAUGUGAUGCCAUCAUCAGAAUGGCAAACCACCCCACAGGAGAAUAUUAAGAACUAUUUCGAUUAUCUAUGCGCUUUUUUGAGUGUAAAUUUUUAUGUCUUGGGACAGACCAGUCGUCAUGCAUCAGUUUUGAGUUGGAAUAGGUUAAGAACCGAGUGUUUUUCCGAAUCUACUCUUUUGCUUUACUUAAUUAGUUAUUAAUCUUUCUUGCUUCGAA